CUGAUGAUCGACAGACUGAUGGUUGAUGAUUGACAGACUGAUGGUUGACAGACUGAUGAUUGACAAACUGAUGGUUGACAGAUUGAUGAUCGACAGACUGAUGGUGGAUGAUUGACGUAUCUAAAACAUUAAACACGGUGACGUCACAUCACGUCACGUGUGAACAUCACUCGUCGACGAGGAGUUAGUGACAAACGCUACGCCUCACUUGAUCAGAGCAGUGAAAUCACAACAAAGACAAGAAACAAGCUGAAUCAUUAUGUUAUUUGAUUUUUGACCAGAUGUGAAUCCUGAACCUUCUCUGUCACUUCCUGGUUGGUCAGUGUUGAUCAGUCUGUGUUGUUUUUUGAAGGGAACAUGGGACGAGCCGGAUCGGACCUCAAUGCCUCCUUUUGGCUCCGCCCCUGUGUCAAUGCCUCCUGCAGGCCUCCCAUCAGGGCGGGGUGUCCGUACGGCGCCGCCCAGCUCAUCCUCAUUGUCAUGGCGACCGCCGCCCUCAGCGUCGUCACCGUGCUCGGCAACACACUGGUGAUCCUGUCCGUCAAGGUGAACCGCCACCUGCGGACCAUCAACAACUACUUCCUGUUGAGCCUGGCAGCGGCCGACCUGGUCGUCGGGCUGAUCUCCAUGAACCUGUACGCGCUCUACCUGCUGUGCGGUCGCUGGCCCCUGGGGGCCGCACUCUGCGACACGUGGCUGGUCGUGGACCACGUGGUGAGCGGCGCCUCCGUCAUGAACCUGCUGAUCAUAAGUCUGGACCGGUACUUCUGCGUGACACAGCCGCUCAGCUACCCGGCGUGGCGGACGUGCGGGACGGCCGGUCUGAUGAUUGGCGCCGCCUGGCUGCUGCCCUCUGUCCUAUGGACCCCCGCCAUCCUCGGCUGGCAGAGCGCCGCAGGCCGACGGGUCAUUCCCGACGGAGAGUGUUACACCCAGCUGCUCGCCAGCCCGGCCGCCACGCUGGGGACGACACUCCCGUCCUUCUACCUGCCGGCGCUCGUCAUGGUCGUCCUCUACGGACGUCUGUCCGCCGGCAGCCGCGGACGGCUAAGCGUCCUCCGGUCAGAGGUCACACUCAGGACGUCCAGUCCGUCCGUUAAAGACGUCCUCAUGAAGCCGUGGAGCUGGGUGACCAGUGACACUGGCUCCGACCUGUCGCUGAACCAAUCAGAGUCCAGCACGCCGAAGACCAGGAGGAACCGGCGAGCGUCCAGGAGUCCCGGAGAAACGUCGGACGUCUGUCCUUCUCCUCGGAGUGUUGGCUGUCGCACUGCAGAUGACGACAAUGUGGAGAACGACCCCUCGUCCAACGCGGCGGCACUCUCCACUCGUCCCAGCUUCAGGUCCCAGGAGACGAGGAGGCGUCGCGUGACGGCGAGGGAGAGGAGGGUCACCAGGACCAUCCUGGCCAUCCUGCUGGCCUUCAUCCUCACCUGGACGCCGUACAAUGUCAUGGCCGUCGUUGCCGCCUUCUAUCACGUGUGCAUCCCAGAAUGCCUCUGGGUGGUGGGAUACUGGCUCUGCUACGUCAACAGCGCCGUCAACCCGGCGUGCUACGCCCUCUGCAACGUCACCUUCAGGAAAACCUUCUGCAGCCUCCUGCGCUGCCGCCGCCACAGGCUGCGCUGAGCGAGGGUCAGAGGUCAGAGGUCGGAGGUCACUCUCCUCCAGUUUCACUUCUUCCACCUUCCUGCUUCUGCAUUACAACAUCAGCCGAGGCUCAUGGGUAAUGAAGUUGUAAUGUAGUGAGGAUGAAGUGGACAGUCGCCCCGCGUGAUGACAUCACACAGACUGAUGACAUCACUGAUGUGAUUAUUGAUGAUGUCACAGAUCAAUAAACCACAGAACCAGACUUUAAACAAUGUACAGUCUUUAAUUUGUUCAUUUGUUAAUUUGUCAAUUUGAAACGUCGCUAAUCUAAAGUUCAAAAAAUAGAUUUCAAAGAAGAUUUUGUCGUUCCUGACGUUUCACUCGUUAUUAAAGAUCAGCUACAACAAACUGUCACCUAUGAUCAGAGAGCGACGUCAUCAUAUCAUUAUCUAGUGGGACGAUAGGAGGAGGAGAGAGGAGGAAGAGAGAGGAGGAGGAAGAGGAGAGAGGAGGAGGAAGAGAGAGGAGGAGGAGAGAGGAGGAAGAGAGAGGAGGAGGAAGAGAGAGGAGGAGGAAGAGAG